AACUGCUGUCCCGGAGUCAGUGCUGUAGCCUAAUAUAUUAUAGGGAAUGUACUCCGGGAGCUCCAAGCCGUGUAUUGUUCUCUCCAUAGCUGGAUCCACAGUAGCAGCAUGUCCCGGUGCUCUGGAUGGGAGGUCGCUCUGAACUUGCGCUAAGGCCAAUUCAUCGUUACACCGGAAAGCGAAGCCCGGUCGGAGAACAACGAGGGAUCAGAGGCAAAACUACUUGGACAGUAAACACGAGAUAAUGUCGAUGUUAAACAGGCGAUUAUCGUAAGGAAAAGGACGCAUAACGUCAGCCAAGAGAAACGUGUCUGUUCCUCAACUGGAGAUCAAUAAAAGCGAGGAUAACAUAUGGAUACAGCCGAUGUCUACAUACGCGAACGGGCUAUUGAUGCAUGAUGGCAGGUCGGACAUGCACGUUGUGCCGACUGAAACAGGUUGGUUUCACCUCGAUCAAACUUCAGCAGAAUCAGAUGUGGGACAAUUAGCGCGCAUUUAAGUGCUGAAGAUGAACUGAAUCGCUGUCGCUUACAGCGGCGCGCCUGGAGAUGACAGCCGGUUUAUUAUGGGAAACUGCGCUCCACCAUUCACUGGACUUUUACUGGAUUUAGAGGGUUAUCCUAAUCGCUUCAUCUGGGUGAAGGUCAUCCACUAUUACUGAUCCGGAUAUCCUUCAGAUCCGAUUGUGUGUGUUGUGAGAUCACAGAUGGACGCCCUGUGUAAUGGAGCCAAGAAACCUGAGGGUAGUGAUCUCGCUGUAGACCCCCGGCCGCCACCUGCCAAGCUGGCUCGACUGGAACAAAACGGAGCGGGACCCUCUGCGCCGGAGAGGAGCUGUCAGGGGAGUCCUGUGGCCAAAAACCUCUGCCUGGCCCAGAAACCCACCGCAGUGAUGCCACAGAGCAAGAGCUGGCACAGCAAAGGGAGCCUGCUGCCGGUGUUCUGUGUGGUGGAGCAUAGGGAAAACCCUCUGGAGGUUGAGAGGAGAGAAGAACACGCUGAGUUUGUGUUGGUCAAGAGAGAUCUUCUGUUUAACCAGCUGAUAGAGAUGGCCCUGCUGACACUGGGCUACUCACACAGCUCCGCCGCACAGGCCAGAGGUCUGAUCCAGGUGGGCAGGUGGAACCCGGUGCCUCUGUCCUGCGUAACAGAUGCUCCUGAUGCCACCGUGGCUGAUAUGCUGCAGGAUGUUCACCAUGUUAUCACCCUUAAAAUACAGCUGCACAGCUGUCCAAAAUUGGAGGACUUGCCGCCGGAGCAGUGGAGUCACUCCACAGUGAGAAACGCUCUGAAGGAGCUCCUCAAGGAAAUGAACCAGAGCACCCUGGCCAAGGAGUGCCCCCUGUCCCAGAGUAUGAUAUCAUCUAUUGUAAAUAGCACUUACUAUGCAAAUGUCUCAGCUGCCAAGUGUCACGAGUUUGGUCGAUGGUACAAGCACUUCAAGAAGACAAAAUGCUUCAAGGAGAUUGACAGCUUCUCUGACCAGUCCACACAUAUCACCCUCACCCAGCAGCCAAUCACAAGUAGCUCAGCUGAUCAGAGCUCAACCCUCUUUUUCUCUCAUGGAGAAGUAGCCAACAUAUGUGGCCGUUCCCCCCUCGGCAGGUGCCCUCCCGGGUUGGUAACACAGCCUCUUAGCUCACAAAUGGUCAACCAGCAGCUGGUGAUGGCCCAGUUUCUCAAUCAGCAGUAUGCUGUUAGCCGUAUGCUAGCUGGCCAGGGUCUCUCACCGUCCCCACAGCAGUAUCUCAACCAUCCGCCUGUAGCAAUGGUUCCUCCUCCUGCCAUGGUCUUCUCCAAAGCCCCUGAUUCCCAAGCCCCGCAGCAGGCACAAUGUGGCCCAGGGGGAAGCCCUGUAGCCGGGCCGCAAACCCAGACAUCGGCUGGGUCUUCUGUGGGACAGGCAGAUGUGCCGGUUGACAUCUACCACGGUGUGAGGGAGGAACUGAAGAGAGCAGGCAUCUCCCAAGCCAUCUUUGCCCGGGUGGCCUUUAACAGGACCCAGGGUCUGCUGUCUGAGAUUCUGCGGAAAGAGGAGGACCCUAAACACGCCUCCCAGUCUCUGCUGGUCAACCUGCGGGCCAUGUACGGAUUCCUUGCUCUGCCCGAGGCUGAGAGGGAGCGCAUCUACCUGGAAGAGAAAGACAGAAGCCUGACUGGAUUCACCCCAAGCUGCAAUAACACGCCACCAAGAUCCACACAGGCAAGACUGUCCCCAGUAAUAGGAGACAGAGGGUUGUGGACAGACAGCUGUGUCCUCAAUGUCAGCGCUUCUAUCUACGAGGACAUUCAGCACGAGAUGAAGAGAGCCAAGGUGUCUCAGGCUCUGUUUGCAAAGGUGGCUGUCUCCAAGAGUCAGGGCUGGCUGUGUGAGCUUCUGCGUUGGAAGGAGGAUCCUAACCCGGAGAACCGGACCCUGUGGGAGAAUCUGUGCAUGAUCCGCCGGUUCCUAAGCCUGUCCCAGACGGAACGAGACGCCAUCUACGAACAGGAGAGCAGCAACGCGACGGCACAGCAGCACUGCGCUGACAGGCUGACACUGCUCAGCAAUGACAAUACACUGUACCAACGCAACUCUCCGCUGCCACAGCAGCACCAUCUCCAACCCCAUCAACCCCUGCAGCCAGAAGCAGGACCUCACCUGUCUCCACGGCAACCGUGUGCUGCAUCACCAGCCGAGUCCGAGGCAGGGAGCAACUGGGGGCACGUGAGAGUACGUCUGCAGGGCAGGGGCAGUUUUAACGUUGAGAGAGGGGACAUUAAGGACUGGGUUGAGGGGGGACAGGGAGAGAGCAGCAGUUUGGGAGGGGACUGGGGUUGUGCUGGGAGAGUGAGCGACCAGGCGGCAGAAAGCAAGGAGCAGGUGAGGGAUGGAAAUAUGGGAGAGGAAGAUGUUAAUGAGAUCAUUGGAGACAGAAACGAGGAGAAGGAGAAACUCACCAUGAAGUGGCCCAGUGUGAAGGAUGAGGAGCGAGGCGGGGCUGGGGUUUGUUCAGAGGCAGAUAAUGAGGUCCAAGGUGGCGAUGAGGUCCAAGGCGAGGGGUUAAGAGUGUCCCGCGAAGCGUUGGGAAUCCUGCAGAGCUUCGUUCAGGAUGUGGGCCUCAACCCGGACGAGGAGGCCGUCCACACCCUGUCGGCUCAGCUGGGCCUGCCCAAACACACCAUCCGGAGAUUCUUCAACAGCCAGGACCACGACCGGCAUCAACACGACAGCCAGAGCCAGAAACAGGGCUGCACGGAGCCAAACCUCUCCCGCACGGACAUAACUGCAGAGGGACGACAGGAGGAAGGUGAUGGAAGGACUGAAACAGAACAAAAGGAGGUGCAGGAGGAGAAGCAAACGGGGAGAGUGGAAGCAAGCGACAUUACUGUUUUGAAAGAUUCAGAUGUUGGCACUCAAACUAUUAGCGCUAUGAAGGAGGAGCAGGAGAGCUACAUCUAACCCAAAUCCAUGCAGUGACAUACGAGUACUGACUCACAGUGUUUUGCUAUCGGAGUUUUAUAUAGUCGGGCGUCCUAAGACUAAAAGCUGAUUUUUUUUUUUUACCGCAGCUUAGAAGGAUGCUGGUGUUCAGACAGUACACCCACAUUGGAAAGCUCUCCAGUGAUUUGAUACCUACAGAACACAACUGUGACUAUAUGUGCAGAUGAAACGUCUUAACAUUGUUUUCUGUGUAACAUAUGUGUCUGGAUGAAUGCAAAGAGCCUCAGAUUACAUAUCACUGUUUAAAAAGGAAUGCUUAUCGUUGGUCGACUGAUCUAUAGUUUGAGAAAUGUUCACGCCAGAAAUGCCUUGUAGAAAGUGGCACUGCCAAUCUGUUUUCUUAAUGAUCUCCAUUGUUUUUGUUUUUCUAUGGGGUUUUUUUAAUAGUGCUUUGUGUCAUUUAAAACUCACUGUUAUAUGUUGCAUUGUUGUUGUUUGUCACAUUGUAUUAAAUAUCAAAUUUCCUGAUUAUGUUAAACGAUAGUUGAAUUUGUAAAUGAUAUACAGCAUUUAAUCCUUUCAUAAAUGACAGGACAUCUUCUGCAUUCUUUUGUUUGUUACCGCAGUGUGUAAUAAAUGAUCAAUAUAUGGACAUGGAAAAUAUCUCUAAUGCAAAUUAGUCCAAUUUUUGUUCCUAUUUCUCAACUUGAUCACAAAGUUUGUCGAGAUCUAAUCUGCUCCUGAACACAUCAUAGUUUACAAUACAGUGUUUCUAUUGAUGCAUGAAUCUAAAAGUCUCUCCCAAAAUAGCUAUGGAGUGUUAUGUUUACACAUCUUGUUGUUGUCAUAUUGUACUGAUUUGCAUACUGUAGCAGAGACAUGGAGCGCACAAUGUUUAAUGUUUCUUUAUGAAAGAAAGAUUGUGGACUAGAAAUAUAAGACUGAAGAUGUGCAGUGCACUUUCAUUUAAAAUCUCAUUUAUAAUUGUACUGUACGUGCAUUACUUCAAAUCUGUUGUGAGCAUCUGAUUUCACAGUUGGAAAUAUCUUUUUCAAAAUCUAAAUGAGAUUAAUAAAGAAAUUGUGUUUUGAGAGUGCAGAAACAUUGUGUAUAUAUAUUAACAUUCAAAUAGAAAGGAAACUUUUCCCGCCCAGACAAACCUUAACCUCAUGUGAUAGAAUCUGCGGGAACACACAGAGGCCUUGAUAGCUGGGAGGGCAUUGUGCUAUUUAUGCUUUCUGGUUGUUAAGUUGCCAAAUAUCAGCGGAGAAUACAUUUAGUUGGGAUGUGUAAGCAACGUAUAGACUAUGAGAUUAAUCACGCUGGAAAGACUCUUUGAAACAAGUAAAUAAGAGAUGAAGCUCAUUUAUCAGACUGCUAUUUUAAGACAAGCAGGAGCCUGCUGUAAAAGACCCAUUAAAGAUUCAAUCAAUCGCUGUGAUGUCCAUUGUCUGUGCUGGGGUUCGCACUGAUGAUUUGCUCUUAUGUAACCAUGUCUUUGUUGGUGAAUUGCUGUCAUUGUUUCCAGUGAUCUGACAAUAUUCUUCUGUGCUGAUCACCAGGACUCUCUGUACCAGUGGAUCUGUGUCUCUGUACAAUCACAUGACCCUCAGUGCUGCCAGUGUUUCCUCUCCGUCUCUGCGUUUUUUUUAUUAUUCUCUUAUUUAAUUUUUCUCAACUGCUAUUUCUAUCCAUGUUUCUCUCCCUCUCCCUGCCCCUGACUCUCAUCUGCCUCUCCUCAGGACUGCUCCCCCACUAUACUCAGAGAAUGCAACAUUCAAGCCCCAUUUGGUCAGAAUAGCUUCAUAAAGUAAUUCAAUAAAGCUUUGCUCUUUCUACCUAUCUUUAUCUGUUUCCAUGACGAUACCUAAGUCAGGGCCAACAAGAGGCCAUGAAAUCCUCAUCAUCAGCAAUAUUAUCUGUAAUAAUGAUGAUAAUGGCGCUCUGGAAAUGCCAUGCC